AUGCAGCUACUCUUACUAUGGUCAUUUCUUCUGCAGUGGAUUGCCCUGGCGCUAGCAGGACGAGUUAUACCAUGGCAUGACGAUAGUGCCACUAGCUACGAUGUUAUGGCAUCUGUGCUUAAGGAUCAGGGGUUACCAGAACCAGAAAUCGGAGUCAAUUACGCAUUUGCGGAAUACUGGAACGGAAAUGCUAUUGAGAAGAUGUGCAACGGGGGUGCUCAUGCUGUCAUUAUUGUGGGCCAGUUUCGGUCUGGUCCUUACAGUAAAGACUUCCAGGGAUAUGCAUUCGACCUUGAUACUGCGCUUGAUGCAACGUUCAAGAAGGGCGUACGAGCUAACUACCGAGCACGGGUGUGGGAGCCGUUUACGUCUAUGCAUAAACAAGCCAAGAUUAAUGCACUAGGGCGAGUUCGGCAGGAUAUGAGCAUUGAAAAGCUUAGUACAAUCUACUUUGAACGGUACCCUGAGUAUGAUUUACUGGUGAACAACUGUGGACAGUAUGUAAACUACAUCAUGGGGGUUAUUGGGACGGAAUUCCACGCCUAUGGGGACCUGCCCGGAGAAAAGAAAAGGAAUAAGAGAAGAGACGGUCGUGCCGUAGAGUCUGUAGCCUACCUGUAGGACCUGUAGGAGUAGAAUACGUCCUAACCAAUAUAAGGUGGCGGAUUACGGAUAAUUCGUGCCGAAUUGG